AUGUCGUCUAACAAAUCUUCUAAAAAAAAGAAGCAGCCGUCUGAUAUCGCUGCCCCUGGUGGUAAUUAUGGGCGUGGGAAGUCUGGUGUGGUCACGUCUUCCAACACUGCCAUAUCAAAGUAUGCAAAUUAUACAAAUGCAAAAACUGUGGAGACUCUUGCUAUCAACCAAAAGAAGAUAGUAGAAACUUUGACAACUGAGCAAAAUAAAUCAAUACAGAAAAUGAAUAAUGAUAAUGCGAAUCUUAUUAAAUCCAUAAGUAAUGAUCAGAAAAAGACUGUAAAAAAUUUAACCAGUUCACAUGAGAAGACUAUCAAGAAUCUAAGCGAUAAUCAUAAAGAAGUCGUCAAGAAUUUAAGCGAUAACCAAACAAAGGUGGUGAUGAGUUUGAGUGGAAAUCAUGCUGAUGUAGUAAAAACUAUGAAUAAUAAUGAGAUAAAAAAAUCAAAAGAUACGCAUGAUGUAUAUGGGAAGGUUAUUGAUUCCAUGCAGACCAACUAUAACAAGAGGUUGGGGAGCCAGGAUGAUUUGAUUAAGAUGCUGGUCGCCAGUAAUAUUAAUGCGACGAAUAAGUUGUUAGACCAUGUGACUAGUACUAGUAAGGCAAAAAAUGCCUCGGGAGAUAAUAUGAUAACUCAGUUGUUGG